AUGUAUUCGUUCAUGACCCCGUCCUUUGCAGGUCCGGAUGUAUGGCCCAGCCUUCCUCAUCCUGCUCCUCCUGUGGCCGGUGCGUCGUCUCUGACUGCGUCGGCCUUUGCUCCCACGCCUUUAGAGAUCCCCAUCUUUGCCAACGCCGCCUACUAUCCCAAUUGGAGGAUCUAUAAGAAACAGCCGCCGUCGACCUUGCGGCUGGGCUUUGUCUCGCAUGUGUUCUAUGCCUUUGCCUGGGUCAAGGAAGAUGGCCAAGUUUAUCUCAGCGAUGAAUGGGCCGACUCGCAGAUGCCCGUCGACGGCACCGAAGGCUGCCUCCGCGCCUUUACGCAGCUGAAACGACAGUAUCCGCAGAUGAAAGUUAUUUUGUCUGUUGGAGGCGGCGGGAAAGGAAGUGAAAACUUUGCCAAAGUGGCUCGCAGUCCGCCGGCCGUGGAAAAGUUUGCCAGUAGCGCGAGGGCGCUGGUGGAUCAGUUUGACUUGGACGGGAUCGAUGUGGACUGGGAGCAUCCCUCAACCACCCAGCAAGGUGUCGACUAUAUCUACCUGCUGGCCCAACUAAGAACCGUCUUACCAGCUCCACGCUACGUCCUGACGAGUGCACUGCCCGCCGGCGAAUGGGCGUUGAAACACAUCAACCUGGCCGUCGCCCAGCAGUACGUGGAUCUGUUCAUGGUCAUGUGUUAUGACUUUUCCGGACCCUGGGUCGACCGCUCCGGCCAUCAGGCCCAGCUAUACACGCCAGCGCAGCCGCACAGCGACGCCGCGUCCAUCUCCUGCCAGUCCGCAGUCACGUAUUUCCUGGCCCAAGGCGUGCACGCCAAAAAGAUCCUCAUGGGCAUCCCAGCCUAUGGCCGUUCCUUUGUUGGCGCCCAGGACCUCAACCAGCCCUACUUAGAGUCUGGCGGCGAAGACGGCGCCUUUGACUACAGCGAGCUUCCGCGACCCGGCGCCCGCGAAAUCGUCGACAAAACAGUCGGCGCAACAUACUGUGUUGGAGGCGACGACGGCGGUUUCGUCUCAUACGACAACACACGCACAGUCGAGCAAAAAGCAAAAUUCGUGACGAAUCUUGGUCUGGGAGGUCUCUUUUAUUGGCAUAUUGCUGCCGACAAGCGAGGCGGCGAUAGUCUGCUGGAGACGGGCUAUAACACGCUGCAUGAAUUGUAG